AUCCGCCCGAACUAGCGCUGUUAUGCAAGCAGUGUGGCGCGAAAAAGGUUUGUGCUGAGAGUUUGGAAUACUGUCACUUGUCACAUACAGCAUGAGUGCCAGCUGUACCCCACCGCAGGGCAGGAUGGGUAGGAGAAAGAAGACCUUACAGGAGCAGCAGGUAAAGGAGACUGUGGGGAUAUAACUCCCAGGGCUUUGCAUUGCCCUCUCUACGGACAGACUGUGUACGUACAUCAGGGCAAAGCGGUGUAUCAGUGUUAUGUAUUGACAGGCAUAGUGUCACAGCGUGUUUAUUAGCGGAGACAUUGUCAUAAAUGUCAGGGAUGUCUGGGGUGCAGGGAUUAGAGUCAGGGAUGUCUGGGGUGCAGGGAUUAGAGUCAGGGAUGUCUGGGGUGCAGGGAUUAGAGUCAGGGAUGUCUGGGGUGCAGGGAUUAGAGUCAGGGAUGUCUGGGGUGCAGGGAUUAGAGUCAGGGAUGUCUGGGGUGCAGGGAUUAGAGUCAGGGAUGUCUGGGGUGCAGGGAUUAGAGUCAGGGAUGUCUGGGGUGCAGGGAUUAGAGUCAGGGAUGUCUGGGGUGCAGGGAUUAGAGUCAGGGAUGUCUGGGGUGCAGGGAUUAGAGUCAGGGAUGUCUGGGGUGCAGGGAUUAGAGUCAGGGAUGUCUGGGGUGCAGGGAUUAGAGUCAGGGAUGUCUGGGGUGCAGGGAUUAGAGUCUGGGAUGUCUGGGGUGCAGGGAUUAGAGUCUGGGAUGUCUGGGGUGCAGGGAUUAGAGUCUGGGAUGUCUGGGGUAGGUUUAGUAAUAGUGGUUAUUGUAUCUGGUCUAACGCCUGUCACCUAUUCUUCACUUUAAUACUCCGCUUUAAAGUGUCACAUUUGGCUAUCAUCACUGCACAGGGUAUGAGCAGACAGUACCCUCUUCUCAUUGUCAAAUUAAUUUACAGAAAUUGCUGCAGCUUUAAGUCUCAUCCUAUAACCAUUAAAGAGCUAUUCUAACCAACAUGACCACUUCUGCAUUUGGAAGUGAUCAUGGUGGUUGGAGUCUUUAUGAACAGAGUUUGAAAGGCUGCAAAUGCAGAGAUAAUUGCACUUGUGUGUCAGGGCCCGGGUAGAUGCAUGUCCAGCACACAUUACUUUGGCAGCCCGGAACUCUGUCAAUUCUGUGCGAAAAAUAUGUCCGUCGUCAACACACACUGCAAGCUGGCAACAGACAUUAUUAACUUCUACCUUGCAGGCAGUGUUGUUAGAGGAAACGUUCAUCUCUCUUCUCUCCGUGGUUUAAUUUAUGUCUGCAAUGACGUCCUAUAUGCUUAAUGGAAAACUAAUAGCGUUAGGAAUACAAAUGUGUAUGCCUAACGCUAUUGUGCCCUGGUGGUCGUUUAGGUUAUUGGCCCCUUAACCUUAGCAAGAAAAAGGGAAUAUUGCUGAAAUAUUUUUUUUCCCUCGCAGUCUCCACACUGCCAUUAUACCUCCUUGGCAGAGGUCAUCAACUUCGAUGAUCUUAGCCAAUCCAAUGCUUUUCCAUUGGGAUGCUAUUAUGCAUGUGCAGAAAAAUGCUGCGCUGACCAAUCAGAUGGUCUCUCUGAGACCACCUGAUUGAAAUGGCAGAAUCUUUUAUUACAACACAGGAUUACUGCUACUGCACCCCUUUCUCCCCAUCUUCUUUAUGUUACCCACAUUUGUGUUUCAAACAACGUUUUGUGCAUUUCUGCAUAUGGUUCAAAUUAAUCCUUUGGUUGGUUUCAUGCACUUGUAAACCACUUUGUUGAUCUAAUUUUUAUUUUUUUAUUCUUUAUUUUUUCCGUGCAUAUAGGCUUAGCAGACAUGCUCGUGGUACCCCAAAGGCAUUCCACUCGCUUAUAUCAAUGCCAUUUGUUACAGUGGGGUGUAUAUAGAGACACGUGCACAUUUUAUAUUUAAAGUAAGAAUAAGUAGUGAUAAAACAUGAGUAAUAGUAGGACAUGCGUAUAGUAGGUACAUUAAGCAUAACAUUGCUGUGAUUGCAAAAUAUGUGUUAUUCGUCUGUACCCAUCCAAGAGAUGCAGUACAAGACCUGAGCUAUCGCUAUUGCAGUUAGUCUGUGAGGUUACAUGUCAUGUCUAUUUAUGUCGCUUUAUGAGAUUGGUUGCCAGGUCAGCCCACAUAUUUACUUUAGGCUAUUAGUUAGAAGGCAUUUAGUACCUAUGUCUAAAAGCAAUUAAAGAGCCACCCGUUAGCAUACAGGGGGUUACUAUGUGCUGAAGAGAAAAAAAGGAAACAUGCCAGUUUAAGCAUAAUGUAGGUUUUAAGCAGGCUUGGGUUGCCCCAUUAGUUUGGUCUAGCUGGUAAUUUAUUGAAUAGGCUGUUACGAUAAACACAUAUAAGAAUUAAAGGCAUAAACUCAGCAAAAAUUAAAAGAAUGUCUAGUGUGCAUAGAGCAGUUCUUAUUUUAGGAGGCAUGGUGAGGAAGUCCAGCUAUGGUGGAGUAUGCCUGGCAGGCUCCGGUCUUGUGCCUCCGCUCAUCCGAUCCUCUGGGUGCCAGGAACAUUCCUCAAGAACUUCCGUUACCUGGGGUGUCAGAGGCAUGGAGGUGGUUAAGCGCCAGACGUCCAGCAGGUGCUGGCGGAGGUUUGCGUUGUCGGCACUUUGUUGAUCUCAUAUGCAUUUGUUGCUUACUUUUGUAUUUAAUAUGCAAACCUUCAAUAAAGUCUCAAAUAAGAAGAAGGAAAAAAAAGAUGGCAGAAUUUUACUCUGCCAUUUUGGAGGAAGCACCUCUAUUACACUGUAGGGUUAAAACACGGAAGACAUGGCACCCAGACCACUUCACUGAGACAAAGCAUUUGAUUGGACCAAGGAGAAGGUUAGUGACGUUGGACGGGAUGUGGAAGACCUUCACCUGAUGCUAGUUUUCAUGCGAUUUUUAAGUGUUUUUCACCAUAUAACAUAGAAACACAUAGAAUAUGACGGCAGAUAAGAACCAUUCUGCCCAUCUAGUCUGCCCAAUUUUCUAAAUACUUUCAUUAGUCCCUAGCCUUAUCUUAUAACUAGAAUAGCCUUAUGCCUAUCCCACACAUGCUUAAACUCAUUCACUAUGUUAAGCUCUACCACUUCAGCUGGAAGGCUAUUGUAUAAUGCACAACAUGGCACUAUAAAGAAUAUAAAUAUCUGCAAAAAAAAAUAGCAAAGACACAGCAUGUACACCAAGUAUGUGUAUCUCCCUUCCACUGGAGAGAGCCCAUACCAGAGGCAUCUACAAUCUCAUCAAACGAAUACUACACACAGGCUGAUUUACAAAACUGUAAAUUGAGGCUAACCGCAUAUAUACAAGGUUGUGCUUAUAGCAUUUAAUGGUGACAUAAGUGAUUUUAAGUUGCUCUGAAAUUUGACAAAAUUUGGAACGGAGACACGAUUUAGAGUGCCAAAUGUACUGUUUUACUAUGUUGAAUUAUAAAGAAAAAUAAAUUAUUUCCAGAAAUGUCUCUGUAAAGCAAUCAAUCACGUGCAGUUUGCCAGUUGAAAAUUAUACAUGCUAUAUUCUUAAUAUGUGAUGGUAAUAAUACAAUCUCAUGCAGAAUUAAGAGUAGUUUUAUUUAUUUAAAUGUUACUGUGUUCAUAGGAAACUACGCCAGUUGACAGAAAAAUCUCUGAGCAUGCAUCCCAGGACUCAAACCGUGAAAGCAGUGCAUUAUCACCUCUUAAAAAACAGAAUUAUAGGCAAAAACGAAGUCGGCAUUUAGAGUGUCAAGAGGAAGACAUCCCAGAGAAGAAACAGUGUUUUGCAAGAGCGCACCCCAUUGUAAUGCUGACUCGAGUAGCAAUAGAGUCCUCAGCCAACACAACUCCACACACCGUGGAAAGAAGCAGUGAUGAACACUCUGAUCACACGCAGGAAACUAAUGAUGAUAAACAGUCUGAUCAGGUAAAUGCUGCUACCUCUCAGUCAAGCAUUCCCAAUCCACAUUCAUUUCUUCUGCAUGGAAAAAAAUGUGUGAUUUGAGCAAAUGCCACUAAAUGAAAGUGCAGAAUUGUAUAGUAUAAAUUGACAGAAUCUGCAUGUGGCUGCACUAUAAGCAUCACUCACUCAUUCACAUGGAGUGUUGUUCUCAUGAUUGUGUAGUGCGUCAUAGGUGUUUCAGAAAGACUAUGAAUCAACUAAGAUAUCACAACCACUUCCUAGUUGAAGUGCAUUGCAGAGCAGGGAGCAAAAUCAUUUAAAAACGAAACCAGCAAAAGAGCCAUUCCGUGUGUGUAUACAAUAUACAAGAUCCAGUGCACUCACUCAUUCACUAAACUGCAAUUUCAGAGCUUAGUUUUGUUAAACACACCUAACCAAAGCAAAAAUAAUGGUGGUUUAGUUACAGUGUAUGAUCAUACAUUGCAUAAGCCUGCCACAACGUCAAUGUAACCCAUGGAUCUUGAAUGUUGUAUGAAUUGGCCCAAGCAGCACCCUUAUAAUGUAUGCAUGGUCAAGUGAGUGCAUAUAUGAAACCAAGAACUUUAAUAUAUAAAUAUGUAUAUGUAAAAUCAGUACUGUAGGUUCCUUAAUAUUUGGCUUCUUUUUCUUGCUCCCAUGUAAUUAUACUAAUUAACAAAUAAUUUUGUCUUUACAGGAGCUGCUAGGCCUUUCUCCAUAUGAACUUGAAAGGCUGAAAAACAUUAAGGAAAAUGCCAAGUUUUUAAAUUCUUUAAAACUGCUUGAGGUUUGUAUUUCAUAUUUUGUUCAACUACUUUUUAAGUAACGUUCUAUUUGAGAAUCUGGGGUGAGGUGGAGAAAUACAUAUAUGCCAUUCCAAUCUCCAAACAAUGUAAAUUAAGGGAUGGUGUAACAUAGUACAAUGAGUGCUUGACAUUCAGUUUCUUAAAAGUUCCUGAGGCCAUAUCUUUUCUCUGGCUCUGUUGCCUUGUCACCUAGGACUUAAUUGAUUAAACACAGAGCUGUAUUAUAUUGGAAACUCAGUUUAAAAAACCCAAGCAUGACUAUUAACAGUUUGAAUUUCCCAUAAUUUGGUGUUCAGUGAGUAACCUCCUGGAGUGUAGAAACUAGAAAAAGUGUCGGGCUACAAAAUUAAUAAAAGGAAUGGAACACAUCAUGAAGAAAGGUUAACAAAUUUAAACCUAUUUAGUUUAGAAAAACACAGCCUGAGAGGGGAUAUGAUAACAUUAUACAAAUAUAUUCGGGGCCAAUACAAACCAUUGUGUGGAAAGCUAUUCACAAACCGGACUUUACAUAGGACACGAGGUCAUGCGUUUAGACUGGAAGAAAGAAGAUUUUGUCUAAGACAAAGGAAAGGGUUUUUUUUGUUUUGUUUGUUGAGUCCAUACAGAUGUUCAAACAGCUACUAGAUGCAUACUUGCAAAAACAGAAUAUUCAAUGAUAUAAUCUUUCAAUGUAGGGUAAUAACUGCUUGAUCCAAGGAUAAAUCUGACUGCCAUUCUGGGGGUCAAGAAGGAAUUUUUUUCCCUAGUUUGUUGCAAAAUUGGAAAUGCUUCAAACUGGGUUUUUUUUGCCUUAUUUUGGAUCAGCAGCAAAAAACAAAUGUGAGGAAGGCUGAACUUAAUAAACGCAAGUCUCUUUUCAGCUAUGUAACCAUGUAACUCACGUGACCAAAGUGAGUGGUGGAUUCAAUACAGAGAUUAUUUUGAUUGUUGGCUUAUUGGACAUGCUUCGGAUAUAAUGACCUAAAGUUCACAUACUAUGUAGAAUAAUCAGAGAUAUAAUCUGGUCAUAGUGUAUAUUUUUAAGCAAAUCUAAAACAAGGCUUCUUUCAUUGGCAGUGCUGAGUAUGAAUAUGGAAAUUACCUAAAGAGUAUCCCCUCCUAUCAUUGCAGAAGGACAAUGUUAAAAACUGAAAUUAGUAUAAAUAGUGCUGCUCACUCCUUAUUGGGCAAUCAGUGUAACUAACAGUAUUCUCAGACACUGCUCCCACCCAGCUGAUGGGCCCUUACAGAAGAGCUAGUCCUUAUUACUCUUACUGUGGCUUACCUUUGAUUCAUGUGACUGCAAAGAGGCCUCUGCAUCCACGUUUUGGCACGAGUCCCAUAUGUUCCCCAUCACUGCUCCAUGUGUUAAUCAGGAUAUUGAGUUUAUUUAUUUUUAAAAUAGUUUCCUUGCUUUGACCAGUAAGUCUGUAUCCAAUUUUUUUUAUUUGAUUUGCAUUUUAUUUAUUUAGUUUUUAAUCUUUUCUAGUCUGCUUCAGUUCUCCGUUCUUCCCCAAACAAUCGAAGAAAGACUAAUGGAAUCAAAAGGUAUGUUGUUUUGUUUUAAUACUGUUUUUAUGUUUGUACCAUAGAUCGAAUAGAGCAAGACUAAUUUAUGUUGAAGUGCAUUUUCAAGAGGAGUUGUCCAAUAAACUCCUUCUAAAAAGACAGCUCAUCAAAUGUUCACUUUUUUGUAAGGUUUAUUACAUUUAAUGAAACUUGAUUAUACAUUUUAAAAUUAUGUAUAUUGAUUUAUCCCCCCCAGGCUGAACAGCCAUAUUGGAUCAGACUGACUAGCUGCUGCUCAACCUAACUUGGUUUAGCGGGCAAGUUACAGCAUAGUGUAUUUACUUUAAUGCCUCUUUUCUCCACUAGUAAUUGAACUUUAAUCACACUAAAGUCUGCUGUAGGCUCUAGCAGGGAAUAAGAAAUGGUAAAUUAAACACACUGCAGUAAGAGAAACUAAACAAAAAAUAUACGUUUUUUUUUUUUUUUUUUUUUUUUUGCCAGGAAGUGUGUAGGAGUAGGCUGUUUAAGUCACAGCGAGGGGAGGUGUGGCAAUGACUGCAUAAGCAAAGCUGUUUAACUCCUAAGUGGCAGAGAAUUGACCUAUGACACUGCAUGGGCAUGAUCCAAACACCAAAACUACUUAAGCUAAAGUCGUUUGGUGCUACAUGUCCCUUUUAUAAAGGCUGGUAUUGUUAUAAAAUGCUUAGGUUUCUUGUUUGAUAAAUAGUAAAAAAAAAAUCUCAAGACAUUUAAAGGGAUACUCCUUAACAUAAAGUACUCCAGCUUGCUGAAGUGCUUUGUGUCAGCAGCAUCAUCUCUUAAUUGCCGUUUAUAAAGGUGCUGAUUAUUAUAUAACUAAAUUCAAAAGCACCACCCUGACUGUGUGUCAGAGAGCUAAGGAGGUUUUCUUACUGAUUCUGUUCGCUCCACAGAGCAAAUGUAAGUGGCAGGUAGGCACCCACAGAGCCCACUUUGGGGAGGAGGGAAGCAAUCACUGGGUGAAGAUAGGUAUGUUGGUGGAAUCUAUGAAAUCCAUUAAAUUUUUUUUUUUUUUUUUUUAUAGGGAGAAAAAAGUAAAAAUAAUAGAGGAAUCAACAAGACGCCGCUCCACAAGACUGCAAGGAAUUAAUAAUCCACUUACUAAUAACACAGAGCAACCAAAUAUGCCAGAGCCGGUAGUAUUGGAAGAACAUGUGAGUAACAUUACACUGUAAGCAUGAAUAAGGUAGUGUUAUCAUAAUACCCUUUAGAGGGCGCUGUAACAUCACUACAUGUGAGUGCUUUUACACAGUUGUCUUUUAGGUUUAUGGCACAUUGCUAACUUGGCGUCUGUGUGCUGCAAAUGCUUGAUAAGCUUGCAAAUUUCAUAUAUUGAUUGGUCGGAUUAAUCUGAGUAUUUUAUUAGGUUGCAUAUCACUCUGCAUUGCAGAAGUUUAUUAAAUAAUGUCCCCACUUCAGGACAUCCAUUUGAAUAAAAUGUAGAACAAAAUAGUUAGGGCAACAAUGCAGUGCGAUAAAAACUGGCUUUCUAUAGUGUGGCUUACUUUUGGAACGCCUGGAAUGAUAAAUGGUCUUCACAUCUGACUAGGAUAACCGUUAAUUAUAUUGAAUUCUAUUUUUUUUUCUCCUUUUUUUUUUUUUUUUUCUGCUGGCAAUGUGCAUAUGUACUUAAUGCUUCAGGGAAUUUGUAUAGUAUUACGUUUGAAGAAGGGACCUAAGUGUUCUUGAAAUCUUGCAAUAUGAUAAAACUAGUUAGCCAAUUAAACAGCAUAAAAAAAAAAAAAAAUAUAUAUAUAUAUAUAUAUAUAUAUAUAUAUAUAUUUGUAUGCACUUUGCGAUCAUAUAUUCAGGGUUAUCAAAGAGACUUUCACAUGUGAGAUCAAUAUAGUUGAACUGGAAAUUUGGCAAUUUUGGCCUUAAAGGGACACUAAAUAUACACAGUCCACUACAUCUCAUAUAGAGUAUUUGAUUGGUGCAGCGUGGCAAUUUGCUGUGCACAAGCUCUAUCCUCCCAAUGCGUCCCAGAAUUUUCUCAGUCGAGGAGGCAGGGCAGCCGUGGAGCACCAGCUGUGAGGUUUAAUGUAAGUAAACUGUACCUAUUUAACCCCUUACCGGAGUGCAUAAUGCCUGAUGCUUAAAAUAGUGAGAAUUCUAGAACACUGUUUAUAAUCCUAAUGUUACAGUGCCACUUUAAAUUUGAAAUUCACUGUGAAUUCCUGUCAAUUCUCUCCAUGUUUGUUUCUACAUAUGAUGGGCAUUCUAUCUAAUUCCUUUUUUCUGUUUACCAUAUGUUAAGCCUAUGAAGCCUCCUGGUCCACUCGAGCUGAUGCCAAUCAAUUUCGUGGAGGGCAGUGGCACAUUUGAGAACUUUGUGAAGACAUGGGACUCUAUCAGCCAGGUUAUUUCUUACUUACUCUAAUUGUAUUGUUCUGUUUGUUAGCAGUUAUCUCUGGUUUUGUGCAUAAUACAUUUGUGUUUAAUCAAACAGGUCGUCACUGGCAGUUCCAAGACAACACAAUCUGCAGACUUUAAAAGGUGGGAAUAUGAUUUAUUAUAGCACGGUUUAGCCUGCAAAAGACAAUUAGAAAAAAAAAAAUAACUGUGAAUUCCACAUUGUUACAUUUCUAGUAAUAAUUCUUCAACAUUAUGUUGUCAAAUUGCCUAUUCACAUUUAAGCUUAUUCAUUAAACUGCAAGUAUUAGAAUCUGUGUUGGGUUAAGAGGAAUCAGAAAAUUCAUUAUAUUCUAAUCUUUAACGUUACUUGAGUUUUGUGGUUUUCAAACUAAUGGGAACAUUUAGCAGCCAGCGUACCAGAAGCAGGCAAACAUUAAUAAAUAUGUUUGAUUUUUGCCUUUUACACGGUUCCUUCUUUUUGGUCCAUCAGAUAUGUAUCCGGUUUGAAGAGCAUGUCCCUAUUAGAUAAUGGAGUUGCAAAGGUUGUUCGCGACCGUAUUUUUUCUGUGGCUGUGCAUCCAUCUGAAAGCCAGAUUCUUGUAGCAGCUGGAGACAAAUGGGGUCAAGUUGGGCUUUGGAACCCAGUGAGUACUUUUUCCACAGCACUUUAUGACUUUAAUAAGUGAUACCAAUUGAUAAUUGUCAUGGAAAAUACUUUUUGCCAAGCUGCGACAGUGGGGAGAAUGUGAGCAAGAAAGGUUUAAUAGACCAGGUCAUUAAAGGUUUGAUUUGGAUACUAGAGCCUAAAGACCACUUUGGAUUAGAAAUGUUGUGCAUUGUAGUGUUUAUAUUAUUCAAAACACAUAUAACAAAUUAUAAGACCAUAUAAUAAAUAUAAGAAAAUAUUACAGAUAAAAAAAAAAAAACAUAAAAUAAAAGUGGACUUAACACAAAUAACUACACUCAACUAUCCAGUAAGCUAGACCAGUCUAUGGGAACUUAAGUCCAGUAAAUGUUGGAAGAAAAUCUUCAGAAGACAUUUUGCAUUGGUUAGGCCUGUUUACAGCUAUAUCUGUCCUGCUAUUCAGGCCAGCCCCAUUGAUUACAUGACUAGUUCAAGACACCUUCAUUCCACACUGACCAAUGUUCACAUUUCUACUGGUACAUAAUUAUGACCUCCUUAUCUUAGGCAAAGUAGUGAUAUAUUCUCAUUCUUGUGUGGUGGAAAUAUUUGAACAGCUUCUCUUACACAGUGUCACCAAGUAUUGUUUUAAUUAUUUUUUUUAAAUUCUUUAGUUUUGCGUGCACAAAACUUAUCCAUGGUUCAGCAUAUGCAUCAUUUGAGAGGGUAACAGGUUGCAACGUUGGUUAAAUAAUGCAUUUGAUAAGUUUUAGCACUAUUUUGUAAAUUAUAACAUGUGUAAAAUCCUAGGUGGAGGGUGAGGUCAUGUAGGGGUGUAGUUGAGCUACUCGUCUGCGGAUUCGUUACCUAGGUCAUGGGUCUGUGAUGGAGGCAUGACCCCAUUGGUGUUGGCAAGUAGUUGUGUUGGGUUGUAGUGUGGUGCUAAGGGUCACCAAGUAUUUUUAUUACAAUAUUUUCAAGAUUAUUUUUCAGUGCAUGCAUUUUUCAUUAGUUCUAGCAGUCUUUACAUUGCAGAAAUGUCUUCAUAUAUUAUGUCUCAUGUUCCAUGAACUUUGCAAUCACUUAUCAGUUUUCUGUGUACUGCAAAUCUUUUCAGAAUCACAAAAUUUGAAUGUGUUCCAUCCUCACUAUUGGCAAAACUGCAUAAUGCCCAUAUUAACUUCCUUUGCAGAAUCACCAGUCUCAUGAUAAUGGAGCGUAUGCAUUUACCCCUCAUUCCCGACCCGUUUGCUGCAUGUACUUUUCCCCUUCAAAUUCAGCACACCUGCUUUCACUCAGUUAUGAUGGCACAGUACGCUGUGGAGACGCGAACCGUUUGGUCUUUGAAGAGGUAAGAUCAUUUACAUUGUGUUCAGAAUAGCCUGCUACAUGAUUCACAGUGGAAACAAACUUCCAUAAACAUCUAAUUCACGUUUAUCUAAUCCUUUUGGUUGUACUAGGAUCUCUAAUUCUUUUUUUAAAUGUGCAACUGUUCACUAAAUUUAAAAUAGUAAAGUAUUAUAUUAUAACUGGAAAAUUAGGAAGCAUAAAAGUCUUUUCAAACCUGUGUGUUUGUUUUUUGAGGUUAAAGGGACACUGUAAGCACCCAGAUCACUUCAGUUAAUUGAAGCGGUCUGGGUGCACUGUCCCAGGUCUCUUAACCCUGAGCAGGUAAUUAUUGCAGUUUUUUUAGAUAACCCCACCUAGAAGGACUUGCAGUGUCAGUUAAAGCGGCACUGUCAUGCCUUUCCCCAAUCGUUUCCUCUUCUCUCCCUCUCUCAGGAUCUGUUCAUUUCUUCCUGUCUGCUCUAGUUUUCUUGAAAACAUAAGAAAAAGUAGGGACUAUUUCUCUUAUGGAGGUUUUCUACGCAGUGACCAGCAGAGGAGCUAAGUGUGCUUCGUUUCCAGUGGUCACAGCAAUUUUCCCGUGAUCCUUGGCAUUCCUCCCUGUUCCCACGAUGCCUUCUGUCAGUAUUGCCGAAUUGCGUUCUAACGGUUUCUCCAUUCGUGUUAGAACGCAAUUUGGGACUUUGUUCGUAUUUGAAUUUCAUUCGAAUUAAUGAAACUCCGAUACUAUUCAUUGCCGUGGCUGCAUCUUGCAGCCGUUUAGGAGAUAACUCCCUGUGGCUGCUCACUGUAAAAAAAAGCCUCCGCCCUGUGCGACGGUGGGGGCCAUCAUAAAGAUGAGGGGGACACACCUACUGUCCUCCCCCGGACCCCCACCCCUGCGCGGUGGGUGUGGGCCAUAAAUUACAAUGGGGGGGGUGGACCUAUUGUAAUUUAUGAUCUCUCCUUCCUUAAUACUCGGGUGUCUCUUGGAUGAAAAAAUAACUAUGUAACUAUGUAGUAGAUGUACCACAAUGAAAAAAUGCAUGCAUUUAUUGAUUUAUUUUUUUCUUACAUGGGGGGGAAAUAACUGUGUGCAAAAGAUGCAGACUUGGUGUGUACAGCCUGUGCAAGUCUUCCCCUCUUUCUCUGGCACACACUUUUCAUCUGUGCCAGGAAAUUCUUUAUUUUGAGAAGCCUUUGUGCCGGAGCACUUGUAUAAACUGUAACAAGUAACAUGCUAAAGUGCAUCGUGUGUGGAGUAUCUAAAUUACAGGCAGGCAGUGUAGCAUGUUUAUGUAAAAUCAAAGAGUAAAUUUUUCAAAUCUGGCAGGAAAAAUAUGGACAUAGACAGACAGGUGUUGUAUGAAGUGUUUCAGUUGAAGAUACAGAAGGAUUUCUUGAGCUGCAAGGCAUGCAGGGAGUUAAAUGAAUGGACUUUGGUGCAAUCCAGUUAUAACCAAAUUAAUACAAAAUCUCUUACAAUCCAACAAGCAAAUACCAGAGAAGACAGCCAUGUGGACAAAGCUGCGUUAUUACAGCGAUGGAAAUCUAGAAUCCUUAAUAUGUUUAAACAGAACUUGAUUCUCUUGUUUAAGAUUUAUUAUCUUGUUUUCUAGAUUUACCGAGAUGCAGAAGACUCUUUUUCGUCAUUUGAUUUCCUAUCACCAGAUGCCUCUGUCUUGUUGGUCAGUCAUUGGGAUGCACAUUUAUCGCUUGUGGAUAGUAGAACGCCAGGAACAUCCUAUGAACAUCGAACAAGCCUAGGAAUGAAGAGUGCCCGCACUGUGAAUGUGCAUCCUGUAAACAGAAACAUUUGUGUUGUAGCAGGGGCAUGGUAAGAAUGGCUGUUUAAUUCUCAACAGGUCUUUAAAGAGUCUCUAAACUUAACACUAUUUUUAUAGAAGACAUGAAAAUAAAUAAUUAAGUCCACUUUAAACUUUCAGAGCUGUUCUUGUGUAUAAUCACUCAUCUUUGAUGUUGGAGAGCUGUUUGUGGGCUCCUCAGAAAUCAUAAAGUGGGGUGGCAAAUAUUGGGCAGAAUGCAGGGCACCAGUUUAAGAAAGAUGCAUACAUACAGGAUUGUAGAGUAGAAUUAUAUUUUUCCAUACAUUUAACUCUUCUGUGUAGAGCAGCAGCUUUGGAUGCAUUGCACAUAUUUUUCAGUUCAUUUCUUAGUAUUUCUUCACGGCUUGUAACUGAACCAUGACGUUGGCAGUGCUAAUACAGUUAACACAAUCUAGGCUAUUUUUAUUGUAAGUCUGAAGCACGGCCAAACUGACGGAAUGAUAGUGACUUGGCAAACUCUAUUACCUCGUUUUAGUAUUAACUGUAAUAUCCUUACAUUUCCUCAGUGUCCUUUCUGAUUAUUUUAGUUCUGUGAUUACUCCUGUUCAUUACUGACAACACCGUGGCUGUUCUGAUUAUAAAGAGACCCUGUUAGAAGUAUGAUCUUUCUCUGAUGCUACUUAUUAGAUCGCUGUGUAAAUUCAGAUUAAGUAUGGGGGUGGAAAGUGUAACGCAAGACACAUUUGCCUGUUGAAGUGGAGGUCUGUCUGGCUUGUGCACACGUCACAUAAGAAACUGGCAGCAGCAUCGAGACUGUAACCUGAUUCCAAUCCCGUAAUCAUUCCAAUUUUACAUACACAGUGCCCUUCAGGAAGUUCCAGCUGGUAACUGUAUACAAAAAUCCUUCUCUGCUGAGUGUGCACAAUCUUUUUUUUGCCAAGGCCAGAUUUAGUAUAGGCAUCUAUCUGUGAAAUGCAUUUUUGUGUAAUAUAAGUUGAAACAUUUUACUGCAGACUAUGCAGCUGCACUGAUUAUUUGCCCCCAAUGUUUGAUCUUGUAGACAGUGACUUUUUUCAUUUUUUGUAGUGAUGUUUGUAUUUAUGAUGUCCGAAAGCUCAACAAGAAGACGACACAGCCAGUGCUCUCAUUGAUUGGCCACACAAGAAGUGUAGCAUCUGCAUAUUUCUCUCCCGUGACGGGCAACCGAAUUUUGACCACAUGUGCCGAUGAUUUAAUACGGUAAUGGCAAUUUAUUUUUGAAUCAGGAGCAAUAAUCUUGGUGUUUACCAAUUGUGGUUAUUACCUGUAGAUUAGGCCUGUACUAUAGAUCCAUACAAGUGCUUUUUUGUUUUAUAAAUUUGAUAAUACACCAAGAAAUGCUACAGAUGUAGAGAAUAAACUAAUAUCAUCGAGAAAAAACACAAUUUGUGUAACAAUAUAUAGUAUGAAGGCUUAGUCAUACCAGUUAACUGUGGAGGCGGGUGGUGAAACAAGGUCAUACAGCUAACAGGACCAUUGACCUAGCCUGUGAAUGUGGGAGGGUACUGGACAUAGGGAAGAAGUGAUUAAUACAAGAAAGAAGGAAAUCAGUGUGGUUUUCUGAUUACACUGCUCCUGUCCCAUCCUCGAUCAUUUAGUGCCAUACACAAGGUGUAUUAACCAACAGUCUGAUUUUGUUUUUGUUUUUCUCUGCAGGGUGUAUGACAGCUCCAGUCUGAGCUCAGUGGAUCUUCCUUUUACUUCACUCAGGUAAGGUUUACUACCAUUUACAAGUUCUGAGAGCACAUGUAUAGCCUAUUCACGACCAAAUGCAUAUUAUUCUAGAAUCACAAUUCAGUUUUAUAAAGACCUUAUGCCAGCAUUGAUAGUCUUUUAUUAGUAGAAACAACCUAGGGAUGUUAACAAGUCAGCAGCCUUCACAUUUCCACCAGAUUGUUAGUUCAAUCAUUGGUUCAACAUAGAAUGAUAAGAAAAGAGAAUAAUUGUUACAUGCUCCAGGAGCCAUUGAGCACCACUAAUCAAUUGUCACUAACUAAGCAUACUUCCACAGUAUUUGGUAAACUAUUGUAAGUAUUGACAUAUCCCUGGAGCUUUGGCAGCCUAAAGCUCCUUUAAGAUCAAUUUUGAUCAACCUUCAUAUCUCCUCCAGGCAUAACAACAAUACAGGACGCUGGCUGACCCGUUUCCGAGCAGUAUGGGAUCCCAAGCAGGAAGACUGCUUUGUAAUUGGCAGCAUGUUAAGGCCCAGGCAGAUUCCGGUUUUCCAUGAGAAUGGGAACCUUCUACACUCCUUCCAGGACUCUGAAUACCUUGGCUCUGUGUGCUCUAUCAAUGCCAUGCAUCCCACUAGGAAUUUGUUAGUUGGAGGAAACAGCAGUGGCAGACUGCAUAUCUUCUGUGGCUGACACAAGAAACUUUAUUUUUUUUCACAUUAAUCCUUAUUCCAUCAAGAUGAAUACAUCUUAAACAAACACACCAAGUUUGCUUUUUACGAGCUUGUCUGGUGUAAAUAAACCUUAAAUAACUAUGCAGAAAUAACUCUUAGACUGGUAUUCAUAACUGUAAGAGCGAAAAAUGUUGUAGGGUGCGUUCUCCCUUACUUUUAGCCCUGCCUAUUCUUUUAUUUUACCUGUUAAACCAUAGAAAGCAUACCGUUUUAUGCUUGCUGAUAUAUAGUUUUAGUGGAUGUUCCUGGAUAAGGAUUUUGUGUUUUAAUUCAUACAUAAAAUGCCUAGGGGUGUUGUGAUGGUAAAAAAAAAAAAAAAAUCCAUCAGGGUGUGUUCCUUUUAAAUAAGAUUAGCAUGUUUAUAUUCCUAAAGUUGGGUGAAAGUAUAAACCUUUCCUGAUCCAUUAAUAUAUGCUUGCACUUCGAAAACAAAAGAUCAAUAAAGAUUGAUUGACAGCUGCUCAUUUAUACUUUGUAUAAUGUGAAUGUAGUUUAAGGCAUGCUACAAAUCUUAGGGAGUAGCUGAUAUUAAAGAAAAUGCCUCUAUUUUCCCUUUAAUAUAUGCUUUGUUAUGAGGGUUAACUACCUGUUGUAAUUGUUUAAAGACCCAGUCUUAAGCGCUUAAAAAAACCCAAAACAUCCAUGCCAACCUGCGGUCUCAAAAAUAAAUGUACAGGAACUUGGAAUUCAGCAUUGCCAAUCUAAGUGUGUCAUAGCAUUUAAGUACCGUAAGUACAAGUCCUGCAAGUGCAACACAGUGACAAUUUAUAGAAAACAUUUCAUUUAAUCUUUGUACCAUCUGAUGCAAUGAUAUUUUAGCGUAACCAUAUAUGGUGGUUACUGUGUGCAUAAGUCUGUCCUGUCACAUUUUCAAACCUAUUGCAUGUUCUACUUUUCCCAAGGUGUUCCUCAGUUCAUUAAUGCAUUGUGUUUUUAUUCAAAUGUUGGAUGCUAUUUCCUAGUUAUAGUGCCACAGGUGGUACCUACUAUCCUUCCUUCGUUUGCCUUAUUUAAAUGUUUUCCUAGAUUUGUGUUGAGUAAGUUUGUUUUUUUUGCAUUUGUUUUCCAUCUAUCUCAUAUAAUAUACAUAUUUAACACACUUUAUCAUUUACUGAGUCUUUGUGGAAGUAUUUGUACUGGUUGCUGUAAAGUUGGGUUAGACAUUAUGUGGCUCGGGCAGCCAGCGUGAUUAAGGAGUUAGAAUAACGACACAUACAAUAUCAGUCCCAAAGGCAGAUAGAACAAUGUGUAGUGAAAAAUUGUAUCAAUUACCUUUGUGCCACCAUCAGCCUAUGGACAGAACCUCCAGUUUAGUCUGAAAGGUGCUGGGAUCAUUGACAGGGUUCCUUGUUUUUUGGUUUGUACCCAAGACAAUGUGACAGUGUCCUGUACACUUUCUUUAUAUUUAUAUAUAAUUUAUGUAAAGUCUACCAUUAUCACCCAUCAAAGUGAAAGCAUUCUAAUGUUUAACCCUAUUAUUCCCCACAACAAAGAUGAAGAACUCACUCAAGCCAUGUUAGAUCAUAAUUAUUUAUUUUUUUAAAAAGUUAUUGUCCAACGUAAGGACUACUAUGCAUGUCAUUCCUUCACACGCCCUGGCAGAUGUGUGGAAAACAUGACUUGGAAUUGGCACAUGGGACAUGUCAUUUCUGUUUUGUUAUGAGACCCAAGAGAUUCACAGUUGCAGUUAGUUUCCUCAGCAAAAACAUCAUGCGGUCUACUGGCUCAUGCGUGACCACAGCAUGUGUGCUCAGAACAGGAAACGGGAAAUCUUGGUAAACACAUGACUUAUGUCAAACAGCGAUGGGAUGUGCCCAGUAGGGCAGCUAAUCUAACACUUAACACAGUUACAAAGCAACCCAGCACCAGAAUGAAUUAUAUUUCUAGCUCCAGUUCUAGAAGAAGGGGAAAAAACUGCAUAGAAGGAUUUAUACACACAAUGACUAUGGAUACAUAACUCCUAAUCUAUCCCAUAUCAAGCCGACACCGGCACUUUUACAUGUUGUAUAGACUAGUUCUCUGCCUUCAUAUGGUUCUUCUAGGUAGUGUUCCCCCUAAACAAUUUUAGAACAUGCCCAAUCGGUCCAUGCAAAUGUGUAGACUGAUGUUUUAAAAUGAGCUGCAACUUAAUUAGUGUUUUUAUAUUUGCCAUAAUUCUUAGAGGCAACACUACCCUUGUCCAUUGACACAGUAGUCAAGAUGUCUAUGAAAUAUGUUCCUAACACAGAGACUUCAGAUCAUGUCGUUCUAUUCGGAAAUAAAUAUCUGUAUACACAUUUUGAUUGCUUGGUGCCAGUGCUUACUCUGCCAGGUGUAUAAAGGUAAUCUGACAGGAGGCUACUGUCUAGGAAAGAACUAACAAACAUUCACCUUGGACAAAGUGGAAUGCUGUAUGGGUACAUGUAUAAAAUGACGGAUUCUGUCUGCGUGGCUUUAUUUCCUAAUCAUUUAAAGGCCUCUUUCUAGAAAUACAUGUGCUGGUUGUUAAAGCAAGUAAUUAUUUUACCCACACUGCACUGUGAUAAACUGACUAGUUCUCCAUUGAAAUCUAUAAAAGUUUUUCCAUAAUGGACAGCUACAGGCAAUCUGAUGCCUCUAUGUACCUAAUAUUUAAAAUUAUUCAGAUUUGCUAUAUAGUGAGCAAAAGAAAAAAUGAAACCAUGACAGCUUUAGUUUAUGCUUCCAAUUAUGACUAUUGUUUUGCAUAGUCCAACUUUACCCCCAGAAUUUGAAUAGCAGGGAUCCCUUUACCCACCCCAAAGGGAACAUUUACCUGCAUCCCGAUAUGUUGUAAAGAAGAUAAUCGCCAGAAAUGGAAAUGCAAAAAUUCAAGCUGUCUGACUGGAAAAAUUGCUUGUGUAUUAAUUGCUCCAUGUAGAGCAAAUACUGAUCAUUGCUAGUGCAUACUCUUCAAUGCUGCCACACUAAGAAAUGCCACAUUUGCUUUGAACACAGGCCUAAGGACACAAGGAAAGCAAACCAUCUAUUUUGACUUAUUAACAUCACACAUGCUCCAACUCUUGAUCCUACAAUCUCCAGUGUUACUACUUGAUAAAGAAGGAUGGGGACUUAAAAGUGGCUCUGUCUUGAAAAAUAUUUUCUUCAUCACAUAGCAUUUAAUCAAAACAUUGUUUUAGAACAUGAAAUGCCAGUUUCUGAUUGGCUGCUAGUAUAAAAUGCAGCCCAUAAUUUUUUUUCCAUUCAUUCUUUAUCAGGGUUUCAUAGUUUUAAACUGUGAUGCAAUUUUAAUUUUCUAAAACUAUCAUAUGGUCAAAAUGUAAUUGGUUAUAUUUUUUUUAUUCUUAUCAGAAAUAGUAUUUUAUUUUGAUCUUUUUAGUUGACAUAUUUACAAUUUUCAGUGACAGGGACACUUUAAAAAAAACCAUCCUCUUUAAAAUCCAAAUAGACAAUCUUUCUACGUAACUUCUACAUCAUCAGUAGGUUACAGCAUAUUGCAAAAACAAAUAUAAAUAUAUUUUAUAUAAUGAUUGUGCACAAUGUUCAUCUGGUGUGUGUGAGUUGCCAAGUUACACAUUGGGGUGAGCAGUUGUCUUGCUCUCUAAUUCCUGUGAAUACCACCUACCAUUUGUUAAUUUAUUUACAUAACACGCCAACAAAAUAAAUUCUAAAAAGCAAUUAAAAAAACUAAAUGUAUUAUUAAUAACAAAAUAAUGCUAUUUUCAUAAAAUAUAACCUUGAAACAGUCUCUGCAAUAUAAAAGUAAGGUAAUAAUGUUUGGAGGCAAAGAGAUAUGUUCCCCAUAUCUAUGGGAAAUGGGCAGGUCCAUUGGGGAUGAGAAAAGGGCUGAGGGUUGGCCUGCAGCUACUGAUUACAUUGUAACAUAAAACAGCCAGAGGGGAAGGGCAUUACAGACUAGUGACUUACAGCACGACACACAGACAUCAAAGGCAUAUUUAUCAACAUGGGCAUCAAUAAAAUUUAACACACAGACAUUGGAGACGCAUAUCCCUUAUUUUAUCCCUACAUGUGGACACACACCUUCCAAGCUCACUCUACCCCUUCUCAUAGCUGGAUCUAGUGUAUGUUAUAACUAGAGAUCAAUGUCACAUACCCAUGUUACCUAGAUAGCUUUGUUUAAUACCCCUUGUAAUUACAGGUACCAGUAUAUAAGACCCCUAUCAUGCCAAGGUAUAAGAAUAUAAAAUCCUUCUCACUCAAAGAUAUUUAUGUAUAGUGCCCAUUCUCAUACAUAGAUAUCUGUGCUUAAUACCGUUUCCAUAUGCAUAUUGAAGUGUAUUUUACCUCUUCCCACACAGAUUUUGGAGAUAUAUACAACUCAUUCCAUUUAGUACCCAAUAGUAGACCUGCAUGUAUUUCAUACACUUAUCUAAUUAGCACUAUUUACGAACAGAUGGAAAAUUAAUAUUUGUUUUUCUGAUGUUUGAAUGUCGAUGACGCUAUUCCAAAUUGUUUAGGAAUCGGAUUAAAACAGUUUAAGUUAAAUCUACUUGCUUAGCCCAGAAUACUUUACUUUUGCUGUUCUGCAAAUUUUGUAUUAAGUAACAUGGGCCCUGUCACUAUCCUGCACAUCCUCUUUGCACUUCUGCUAUAAAAUAAUUGGGGACUACACCAUACACUUAUAGCACCACUGUCUGUUUUCUUUUAUCCCUCUAUUUCCCCUUGUUUUAUUUUUUUAAUUCAGCUUAGUUUUUUAAUUAUAUAUAAGAAAUAGUAGAGAGUAAUUUAUCUAUGGGAUGUGUGAUGCUUGGCAAUGGGUGAAGCUCAACAUUUCAUUUGCUAAGCUAACUUACCCAGAAUCCAUCAGUCAAAGGAAUUCUGCAGAAAGCAAACUGCAGACACCAUUGACAGAAAACAAACUGUAGGCGCCCAGUUAUUGAGAUCUGGCGUAAGGAAGGAAAGUUAAUACAUAUUAAUAAAGGCAAGUGGCAAAUAGGGUUGUAUUAUAAUUAAAGUGACUCUAUAGUCAUCAAAACAACUACAGCUUAUUGAAUUUGUUCUGGUGAGUAGAAUCGUUACCUUCAGGCUUUUUGCUGUAAACACUGUCUUUUCAGAGAAAAUGCAGUGUUUACAUUACAGCCUAGUGAUAACUUCACUGGCCACUCCUCAGGUAGCUGUUAGAGAUCCUUCCCGGGUCCUGGCUGCCUAAAAUGCAUCCUAACAUUCAGUGUCUACACUAGUGGUUCCCAAACUUUUUAGGUUCAAGGUGCCCUUAAUAUUUCAAUAUUUUUCCAAGGCACCCCAAGUCAAAAAAAAUUCUAGGUUGUAUACAUGUACAGCAUUGUGGCAUAUACUGGGCCCCUAAUCUUGGGAGUGGCACUGGUAUAUUGUUUAAAAGAAACAAUCUAGGCACAAUAACCACUACAUUACGUUGUAGUGGUUAUGGUGCCAGUAGUGCCCUCACAGGGUAAGUAGUCAAACUGUUUAAGAACAGUUUGACAACUUACCUGGAGUCUGCCGGGAUAGGGGCUGUAGUGUGUGUGAGGGUUGCAUUGCGUUUCUUUAAGGAUGUAGUUUGUGUAUGUGGGGCAGUUUGGGCACAGUGUGUGUGUGGGGGCAUGUAUUUGUAUGGAGGAGUAAUUGUGUGUAUGGGAGCUAUUGUGUGGCGUGGGGUCUGGGGGUAGGAGGGCAAAUUAAUAAAUAUAUACUUUUUAAAAAUGUUUUUAUUAAAAAUAAAAAUUAGAUCCCCCCCCCUCCCUGCUUAUCUUUGCCUGGGAGGGGGACAGUACAAGGCAAUCCCUGGUGCUCCCAGUGGUGAGAGUGAACUCUAGCAGCCUUGGGAGCUACCAGAGUUCACUCUUGCGAGAUUUGGAGCAUUGCUGUGGUAACCGCAGCAACGCUCCGAGCUCGCGAGAGGAGAACCCGACGGAGCUGCAUGUUUGAGCUCCCCCGGGUUCUCUCUCCUUCCCUCCCCUGCCGGCUGCCAGCAAAGUGCUGGCAAAACAGAGAGGGAGAUCUCUGAUUUCCCCUCUGGUCCUACAGAGCCGGCAGAGAAGAGCACAGUUUCUGGUGCUAUCAUCAUAGCACCGGGAAAAUAACUUGCUGCUCCCGGCACACAGUUUGGGAACCGCUGGUCUACACCCUCUGCAGGGAGACCCUGAACUUUCCUCAUAGAGAUGCAUUGAUUCAGCCAGGGCUGUGUUUGGCUUGUGCUGGCUCUGCCCCUGAUCUGCCUCCUUGACACUAUGGGAAAGCACUGUGAUUGGCUUUGAUCCACACUUCUGAUGAUGUCAGCCAAGCAGGCAGAUCAGGUGCAGAGCCAGCAGCAGCACACUGGAAUAAAGUAAGAUUUUACCAUAUUUUGGGGGCUCGAUGGUGUUUUUAACACUAGACGGUCAGGAAUACAUGUUUGUGUUCCUGACCCUAUAGUGUUUCUUUAAUAUGCAGUUGGCCUAAGAAAAGGAAAACAUGACAGUGCUAUUUUAAAGAGAAUUGGACUUUGUUCUCUCUUAGAGACAGACAACAGCAAUCCCUAAUGAUUGUUAGGAUUAGAUCUUCCCAGUGUCUGGGUAGUAAAAAGAGUGAGUGGUACAUAUCAUUCACAAAACGUUACUUUAGGAAGGUGAGAAGGACAUAUAGCUGAGGUUCUUAAAGCUGCAGGGUUGCAUGUGGUAUGAGAUGCCACUUAAUAUACCUUUAGGAAACCACUUUACAAACACUGCCCCUAUAUCUUGAGAAUUUCAUCUACAAUAGGCCAUAGAUACAUUCUGCUUCCUCCAUUCUAACCCAAAGAUGUCCUAAUGUCUGUUCACCUGAAGACAUACAACAAAACACAUACCAAUGACCAGCCCCUACCACACAGGAAUCAAUCAGGACACAUCUUUAAGCUCUCUUUUUUUUUAACAAAAACCUCCCACCGCUACUUGGUACUGGGACACAUGCUACUCACCUUAUCCUCCUACACUUACAUCGGGGGGACACACCUGUCACUGGUUCUAUUACACAUAAACUAUAUACCACUUACUGCCUUUUAACAGACAGGGACAGGUGAAAGGUAUGUGCCCCUCAGGUUUAAUACACAUCAGGAUGUAUAUCGCUCAAUUCCUAACACAUAAGUAGUGGAACACACUCCUCUUCUCCUAUGCUUAAAUAUCCAGACACAUAACUCCCACCCUAAAUCUUUAACCAUGUGUGCUGUAUGUAUCGAUCUCCAUUCAAUACAGCCAGAGGGACAAUCAACAUAUCAAAGGAUAUCUGUAACAUACAACCAGUAUCAGCAGAAAUGUGCUAGGUAUAAACGCAAUCAUUUUGUCUCUGGCCUCUAUACCUGUAUUUAGACAGCCUGCACUAACUACUCUAUAUUCCAAUGGGCACUGAAUGUCUUUGGAUCUCUGAAUUAUGACCUGUAUCUUGUUAGCUCUACAUUCCUUCAAGGGGUAACUCAACUAACUCUGUGUGUCAGCUCCAAGAAAAUCUGAAUCUGGUCAAUGUGUAAACAAUGUCAACACACAAAUUUAGACUAUAUCAACUAGCGAUCUCAUUCUAUAGACAAGCAGGGCUUAUUUAUAUACCUUUACAAACAAAGAAGCCAAUCUGGCUGCUGAAGAAGUAUAAAAAAAGUACAGCGGUCUCCAAUGAAUAUGGUUUUGAAUAGAUGCCAUUUUAUAGCUAUAGAGAGUUUUGCUCACUAUCCUGCUGAGUGUGAUCUAGAUAUGAGAUCAGCAUCUGACAGCAAUUGGAAGUCUUCUGUAAGUUUUUCCUGGAGCUGAGAAGAUGUGUGUGAAAUUACAAAGGUUGCAGUGACCCAGAGCAGGUCUAAUCCCCCCAUGCAGAUAUCAUAAUAAUUCAGGGGCACCUUCCACCCCUCUCACCUUGGCUUUAAUUCCCAAACCACCCUUAGCUAGAGAAGUUUCAGUGUAGUGCUAAUCUGCCACUUCUCCACUUUGAGCUAUGAAAGGUUUGUCAAUAGAGGGAUGAGAAGGGGAGGACAGUGGAAGACAUCACUCCUCAAAGUUAAAGAUGGCCACUGUGUAACACAGGUUCAGGAGUCUAUGAGGCGGAUAAUAGGGUGCAGUUUGCAGGACACCCAUCUCCGUAGGGGGCAGAAGUACUGAUAAUGAAACUGCUGGAAUUCAGGGGUGAGUCGGAUGUCCCUGAGAAAAGCUAAUUCCAGGUCAGACUCAGCCAAUAUGACAAGCAGCAGAAGCAAUGCUAAAAGAAGACAAAAUGUGACUGCCAGCAGUCGAAGCACACUUUGCAGAAACUUGUUUCCUUGCUCUGAUUCAGAUUCCCUCUGGCUGACCCCCUCUGGCCCAGGAAGAGCAGGUGGAGGAACUUCGGUGUCAGGCACACUGUGCACAGAGACAUCACCUUCCUCUUCUUGGGUGGUGCAUGGUGCCCCAUUCACCUGCUGCCCAAAAGCUGUCUCCAGGGUAGGAUCACACACAGGCGUAGGGAGGAUGCUGCAGCAUGGUGUAUAAGCUUCAUCACUGAUCACCGUUUCUCUGGAAACUCCAGGAGACAAAGCAUUGAUAUGAUCCGAGGAGCGAACAGGGGUGGAAUGUGCACUGUCACGGAGAGACUCCAAACC